GCCUCCUUCGAUCCUCUCCUUUCUCUCGCCGCCGCUGCCAUCUCUGUCGUUAACGAGUCCUUUGCUGAGCUCCUUCGCUGCUUGCCUUCGUUUGCUGUCUCUCGCUUUUGCAAUUGCAAUCCCUGGUGCAGCUGCCGUUUAUAUAAUUAGCUUACAGUAUCACUCAUCUCUUCAACGCGAACGUCUCGAUCCGUUAUCGUCACUUGUAUCAUCAGCCACCAUGGUAUCCUUCAGAUCAGUUUUUCUGGCAGCCACGACGGCCUUUGCCGCCGUGGCCCAGGCCCAGGAAUCAAUCGAUCCCGACAGCGUGCCCAUCGCCACGAGAACAUCGUGGUGUAGCUACGAAACCUCAUCGUGCCCGCUUAUCUGUUCACAAAUUACGACCAAGAAGACUCUUGUGAACACGUGUGAUCCCGACACUUUACAAUAUGGCUGUCUAUGUGGAAAUAACCAGCAGCCUAACAUCACUGAAUUCUCCUUGACACUGCCGUACUUCAUUUGCCAGGAAUUUGUUGUGCAGUGCAGAAAUGCCUGUGGAACCGACAGCACAUGCGCGACUAACUGCGCCGUCGACCACCCUUGCGGUGCCACUGAUCCCAAGCGAUACAAUACGACUUCAUCUGCCUCUUCCUCUAUUCCUGACGCUACCCCUUCCGCUUCCACCACGGGCGCCGAUACCAUCUUUACCAACGUGCCUGGCACUACCAGUAGCGGCAAGGGAGGCAAGUCGAUGGCAGCUCCCGCUGUUGAAAUUCCAAGAGUGUAUGGACUGGCGGCUCUGUUUGGAAGCAUGUUUGUCGGCUUUGCCAUGCUGUAAUGUGUAUAUUCAUGAGAAGGGAACAAUGCGAUCGAGCAAGUAAUAGAUUGCUCUUGUGGGAUCGCGCAUAAUAUCUGCUUGGUUUGCUUGUUUAUUGGAGCGUGCGUCUGAACAUUUGAAUAGCGUUAUGCGUACUGGGGGAAAGUUUGUCAUGGGAAUUACUUAAUACUACUACCGAAUGCACGUUUUGAUACGACAAAUUUGAGAUUACUUCAACGUUCACCAAGCUUGCCAAUCUUUUUUCUUUCUUUCUUUCUCUUUUUGUG